UGUCUUGAAACUAUUAUUUCAUUGUUCAUAACAUUUGAAUGGAUUAAUAUUUUUCAAUGUGGUUCACUUUAUGUUACUUAUCUAAUGAAGUGCUAUUGAAUGAUGUAUAACAUGUACAUGUACAUGGAAAUUUGAAUUUUACUAUUUACACCUGCUCUUACUCGCCAUGUUAUAUAGGGGUACUACCCCUAACUCAGGGUCUGGAGAGUCGGAAACAUGAAAAUUUCGCAAAUGAGAUAAAAAUGAUCUUGGUGGUGUUGUAUUACUAUUCCGAUAGCAGACAAUGGGUUUCAAGUGUUCUUACGCAAUCACUGAUCGAAAUACAUGUGAUACAUGUGAUGUGAAUGUGUAUAUGAAUGGUGCGAAUGGGCCACCAGGGUGCUUGGUACCUGUGUGUUUACGCCACAGGAUUGAGCUGUGCUGUUCAGAUUGUAGCGUUGAAGCGUGUAUAGUGUCUGGAUCUCCUGUCUAGGGGCGGCGGGAUUGAGCUAUACUGUUCGGGUUCAGUCUGAGGACGAUGUCUGUCUCUCCUAUUAAACGAGUUUGAACUGUACUGUUUGCAUUGUCAUAUGAAUGUGUGGAUGGUGUCUGAUCCUCUUGAAAAGUAAUGUAAAAUUACCCUGACCCA